CUGAGCCAUAAACCGCCGUGUUUGUGUAAUUGUAGCUGGAUUUUAAUAACAUUAACAACAAUAUUAUAUAACAGCAGGUAGCUAUUUUGACGGUAAUUGCUUGUCUAUUUCGACAACAAGCGAUGUUUGUACUGUUGUUUCUACUUAGUACGUUUUCCCAGAAUGCUUUGUCUCCGCCAGCUGUCGGGGGUUUGCUUCUUAUAAUGCCCGGAACACACCGACGUUUACAGACCCGCCUUUGAUCGUCCUCUUUUAAGUGUAACUGGGACGCCCGGGUGUCAAUAGCUACACGUCUAGCCUUUCGUCUCCUAACGUCAAUUGAGUUGGGAUAAGUCAAUUAGUAUUAGUUUCUUUCGAAUGUAAUACAGUAUAUUCUUCAUUGCAUACAAAGUCAAAGUCAGUUUUCGUUUUUUUAAUUAAUUGCGGGAAAGUUACCAAUAUCUGCACAGUUGACCUUGGAUGCUAAUUCUAGCUCUAUGCUGACCACCUAGCUUCCAUGCUAGCUUGAGUCAACUCGGUUAACUUUUAUUAUUCACUGGAAGAUGGAGGACCAAGCCUACACGGACAUUUCUGGCAGAACAAUAUCCCUGGAGUGUCAAAAUCACUCUGGCUUUUGCAGGGAGUUCACUGUCAGCUCCCCUAAAGUGUCCAUCGGUAAGGUGAUGGUGUACACCUGCUCUGUUUGGCUAGCUGCAUAUACCGUGUUCUUCUUCACACAAAACACUGCCGUGCUGUCCUGUGCCAUCCUGGUCACCCUGGUGGGAAUGAUGCUCCACAUUCACUUUGUGAAGGUGGAUCACGAGUCGGUGCUCAUCAUCGGCUCUGUGGGCAUCCAGGUGUCCUCCAGCUACGCCUCGGGUCGGGAGACAAGCACUUUCAUUGAAAUGAGCCGAGUCAAGGACAUCGCCAUCAAUGAAGCUGUGUACAUGCAUCAAAUCAUUUACUACCUAUGCAUACUUCUGAAGGACCCUUCUACUCCUGAUGGAGUUUCACAUGUCGUUCCAUUGUUUCAGAGCUCCAAGCCAAGGCUGAACUGUUUGGUGAAAGUUUACAAAAGCUGUCAGGAGAUUCUCUCCACGUGCUAACAGGAGUCAAAGCCAAGCCAGGUCAUGAUUUCAAACAUUAUUUGCUCAUUUUACUUUCCAUUUUUUCCUCCUUUUCUCAUGGUAGGUCCACUCGCACAACAUUAGGUACACAUGUAAGGGCUGUAAGCUUCUGUAAAGGUAAUGCUUACUUUGAAUGGACAUAUUGUUAAACGAAUACCUCUUAAUACUGAGCGUUACUAUUUGUAUAAAGGCAUUAUUUUUAUGCUGCUGGUGUAGCUAAUCAAGUCCCUUAUGAGUGUGUGUGUGUGUGUGUGUGUGUGUGCAACAAUAAUAUUGUUACAGUAUAAUUGCACUGUUGGAUGUUUGCUUUCAAUCAGGGGUGUCCAAACUUUUUCCCACAAUGACGUGCCACGGGCCUGUAAAAAAACAAGCUGUGAACCGCAAAUGACUCCCGGGCUGCACUUUGGACACCCCUGCUUUAAAUUGUAUAGAAAAGUUUGCCAGUUUAAAGUAUAACACACUAGCUUUUCAAAUUGAGUGCCAAAAUAGAAUAGUUUUCUUUGGGAUAUUAUUUAAAUAUAAUACAUAUAUUUUCUUGUACUUUCCACAUACUUUCCCACAUAAAAAUUUGAAAGAAAAAUGUGGCGUCACUUGACAUUUAUUUGUUGACUUCCAAAAAGUCUGGAACUGUUGUACAUAGAUUUCUCCUGCAGGUGGCAGCACCAGGCUGACAUGCAACACAGUGAGUCAAUAAACAGAUAUAUUUUGUAUGUUGUACUAUUUCAAGGAACACCACUUAAAUUGGUGUAUUUGUGUGUUGUCUGUGUAGUAAUGUCAAACAAUGUGGCUGUCAAUCAAACUGCUUUCCCUGAGACCCCCUUCGCCAGUAAUUACCGCAAUGCUUGCAUUAAACGGCCACUAAGAUUCAUUAACCAAGUGCCAAAGCCC